AGCGUGGAGAGUGUGUGCUGCCUUUACAGCACAGAGAAACAGCGCGUUUACACCACACGUGUGCUCUGUGUUUAUGAUAUAACACAACUGCGACUUCGUGUUUCUUUACACUUGUUUUCCCUCAAGGGUUCAUUUCCUCCACGCUGAACUGCUCUUUGUUGUUACAGAGAAGAUAAGGAGUAAAACAAGUCUUCUGAAAUGGCUAACGUUAAGUCGCCAACUUGUUGAUGGUGUCACUUCAUUUUUUAUUAUUUUUUUUGCUGUCACUCAGGAAUGUGAAGAUGCCACAUUCUGUCAACUCCUUCCCUACGGAAACUCUCAUCUCGAAAACCUUCUCUUUGGACUUCUUCUCUAUCAGCGAACGCCCUACAGAGCCGUACGAAGCAGACAGCUUCAUCGCCAGCUUCAGUAAUGUCAGCAACAUCAGCGGGUUAGGCGGCCUUCGCUGCACCUACAAGGAAGACUUUAAACGUAUUUUACUCCCUGCUGUGUACACCCUUGUCUUCCUGCUCGGCCUUCCUCUCAAUGCUGCUGUCAUACUGAAGAUAUGGAGGACUCGGCCCAGUCUGUCCAAAAACAACAUCUAUAUGCUCAACUUGGCCAUAGCCGACUUUCUGUAUGUGAUGUCACUUCCCUUGCUCAUCUACAACUACGGCAGUCAUGACUACUGGCCCUUCGGAGAGUUUGCCUGUAAAAUGGUCAGGUUUCAAUUCUACAGUAAUCUGCAUGGCAGCAUCCUCUUCCUCACCUGCAUCAGUGUGCAGCGCUAUCUGGGCAUUUGCCAUCCUCUUGCGAUGUGGCCCAAGCAAGGUGGCCGCAGGUUGGCGUGGUGUGUCUGCGGAGGGGUAUGGCUGGUGGUGGUCGUCCUGUGCGCGCCAACUUUUCACUUUGCUGCGACAGGAAUCCAGCGAAACCGCACAGUGUGUUAUGAUUUAAGCACACCAAAGCGCUCAGUAGACUACUACCCCUAUGGCAUGGCUCUGACCUGCCUCGGCUUCUUGUUGCCUUUCAUGGGUGUGAUGGUGUGCUACUGCCGGAUGGCCCACAUCCUGUGCCGCCCGGUGUCCUACCAGGGUGUCUCCAUGUCGACUGGGGAGAAACGGGACAGGGCGGUGAGGAUGAUCAUUGUGGUGGUGGCAGUGUUCUGCAUAAGCUUCCUGCCAUUUCACCUUACCAAGACCAUGUACCUGGUAGUGCGUACUCUGCCGGCUGUGCCCUGCGAGACAAGAAACUUGUUUGCAAUCAUCUAUAAGAGCACCAGGCCGUUUGCCAGCAUGAACAGCUUCCUGGACCCUAUUCUGUUUUACUUCACCCAGCCACGCUACCGCCAGAGCACCAGAAGGUUUGUUCUCAAAGUCACCAGCCUCAGGGACAAGGGCACCAGUGUGUGAGUGAACAGUAGAUCAUGCACUUAUAGCCUUGUUGCUACGCCAGUGGUGGAUCAUACGAUGUUGCAAAGUGGUACAUGUAUUUGUUGCUGAGUUUUUUUAACAGGUUUCCUUGUGCAUGUCCUAAUGUAAGCUGUAGUCCUUUAUGCUCCGACCUACUACCGAAUGUAACAAAGAAGUGGACCUUCCUAAGGGGAUUUGACAAUUCAGAGGUACUGGCAUAUCAACAAACCUUAUGAAAUUAAAUAUGAAAGUUGUAAUCUUUUAAUGUAGAAAGUAAACAGAAAGAGUUGUGAAGAAAAUCCAUAUUCUGGUGUCACUCAUAUAAUCUUGAAUUGGCAGACUACAGGUGUAUUUCUGUGGGGCAUUUAGGCACUUUGGACACUUCACAUUGAGAUUCCUGAUUCUAUAUUGCCUUUAUUUUAUUAAAUAUUGGCUGUAUAUGGCUAAGGAGUACUGCACAUGUACUGUACAUGUAAAUGCUGAUUACACCGUCAGCAGACCAGGGCAUUUACAUCCUGCAUUGUCUCUGUUAUCUGUGAAAUAUUUACUCUCAGUGUGCGCUGAGCACUGCGUAGUAAAGGACAAGCUUUUCUCAUUUUUGUUUCAUACUGUGAACUGCAGUAUAGUAGAAAUGCUCUAAAAUUAUAAAAUAAUGAGCACAGUCUCCACAGUUUAUAUCCAAGAUGAAAUCAUUUUGAGAUACGUGUGGUGUAUAAAUAGUUACAGAAAGAAGGAAGAUCCAUAAAUACUUAGUUCACUAUGGCAUAAAGCCAUGUUAAAUGCUGCUGGAGUGAAACAUGCCACACAAACAUAGGAUUGCAAAAACAUGGCAGUUGAAGUAGUUUGAAAAUGAAAAAUGUAUUUGAACAUUUUCAUAUGAAGUUUAUCGCUGUUUUUUCCCUAAACGUGACACGUUGUUAACGUACAUUAACGUUAUUCAAGUUAUAAGGCUUGUGUUUGCAUGUUUUCACCACUGGAUGGUGUGUGCACCCCACUGCUGUAACCCCACUGCACUGAAACAUUGGCUCUGUUCUCUUUUAAAAUGGAAUAGUUAUUAAUAUCAUUAUCCAGUAAGGAUUAGAUCUUAGCUACUACAACCAGAGAUUAUCCAAUGCCAAGAAAACGUAAAUAUUUAUCUCAUACCACACUAAAAUAGGCCAUCAAGUCUAUUUUUUCUCCUCAUGUUCUUUAAUUUCUUCAUUUAACAAAGGAAAUCCAUUUAAACAUUUGUGCCAACACGGUACAUUUUUAAAAGCCUUAUCAUUUGCAUUAGAUGCUUAAAGGGAAGGGAGAAUGUUAUUUAUGGACUGUAGGGCCAGGUCUAAAGUAGCAUUCAACCCUGUGGUUUUCCACUUCCUGUGAGUGUGUGAACCCUUCCCAUGAAAUUAGGAUUUAUUUUCGAGGAAAUCACCUCUUAAGUUAUUUCUUAUGAAGUUAUACAAAGUUACUUUGUUAAUGAUUUGAUAAUGUGUAAUGUUCAUGAAAUAAAUGGGCAUAUUGAUGUGUAGUAGUUUUUGGUGUAACUGCAUUUUGCUGUAUCUUAAUGCAAUUUAACUUAAUUCAAAUAUUUACAUUUUUGUACUUAUUUGUCGAGUAACUUUUGCAAGUUGCACAAAUUCGACCAGAUUUUGCAUUGUAUUAUACAGGUAACUGCAGCAUUUAGCUGAUACACCUGCUGCAAACAUAAAUUAAUCUUAAUUAUAAAAUGUGCCUGAGGUGGAUAAUGUGGGUUUAGUCCUGAAUGUGUUAACUCAGUAAUGUAAUGUAAUGUAUUUUAAUCCAUAACAUACACCACGCUCUCCCAGCCUUAAAUCUCUCUCUCCUCUCUCCUCAUGGCUCAUGUGGCCUUCUCUUGACAAUUGUGAAAUUAAACUGGAAUUAUUAAAAUUAUUCAGAAAAUAACUCUAAAGCGACUGUAACAGACAACCUUUAGGCAGCUUUACUACCUAAACAUGGUUCGAACUUGUGACUAUAGUUUGAGUUUUGCACCCAUUAGGUAGUAAAUUAGUGUAUUUUAAUGUGAACAUGUAAUUUUCAAGCAUUUUAAAUGCAAGGAACAUUGUGAUCACAAUAUGAGGUCUAAAAAUGUAAGGAACUUCUUAAUGUAAUGUAAUUUACUGUAUGUUGUGCUUCAGCAAAAAGUGACUGCACUGGUAUUGUUUAUGUGUCUGUUUGGUCCAGUGUUUGUGAUUUUUGAUUUAUAUUUUUGUCAGCCAGUAUUAUUUAGAAAAAAAUCUUAUUUUUGCAAAAUACUGUAGUACUACUAAGAGGAUGAAAGGGGGAUGAAAAAUUAAUUUUUUAUGUUUUUAUAUAGUUUAGUUUUUUUCCUCCCUCUUGAGUUGCUUGUCAAAAUGUUUUGGAUGUUGUCAUAAUGUAAAACUAACUGAAAGCAGCCAUUAAAGUCACACAGCUGCUCACGAGUGUCUUUGCUUCAUUCAGAGUCUAGCGAAUGUAUAUUUUUGCCUUCUUUUUCACUGUACAAAAUAAACGUUUACUCUGCC